UUCAAACUCAAGUCCAGUCGCGGCGGCCGAGGAAUCUCUUAAUAAAAAAAAAAUCAUGAAAACUGACCAGAUCCAGUACUCGGAGAAGUACAACGAUGAUAAAUAUGAGUACAGACAUGUGAUACUCCCAAGUGACCUGGCAAAACUGGUGCCAAAGACGCACCUCAUGACAGAAACAGAAUGGCGCAACCUUGGGGUUCAGCAGUCACCUGGUUGGAUCCACUAUCUUGUUCACAGCCCAGAACCACACAUCUUGCUGUUCAGGAGACCCAGAACUGACCUGAAGUCAUAGGAUGGAGAAUAUGUGAUCACUCAUUUGCAUAUUACUCUACCUCGAAGAAGUUACUGUGAAGUUAUUUUUUCAUGAAAGAGUAAAGUAAUGGAUAGUCAUAGUCAUCAUAAGCACAGAAAAGAGAGAACUACAUGAAUCUGAUAGCAUUUCUCCAACUUUUAUCUUUAUUUGAAUAUGAAAAUUCUCUGUAGUGAGGGAGAGCGCAUUGUCUCUGUCACACUACAUAUUUAAGAUGUUGUGGUUUCAUCUGUAUAAUAUACCUGAUUGUGAAUAGUCUAGUAUUUUUUAUAUGAAGAUGUGGAGUUUACAAAAAUUGAAAUAAGCUAUUUUCCCAUAUAGUCUGUUAUAUAUCCUUUUUGUAUUUUUGUAUCAGAUUUUCACAUAAAACAACACUAUAUGUCCAGAUUUGCUCAAUUCUUCCUUAAGGGAGGAAAAUACCCAUGCAAACGUCAAAGAAUGUUAUAUAUUUUUGGUAAGAUAUUUCUAAAUAUCUUAUAAAAAUAUUAGUUUGGGAGUUGGUUCCAAAAUUCUGUUUAGGCAAGUAAUAGUAUUGUUUUCUUCUGGCAUGUCUAUAUAAAACUACAGAAAAUACCAAGUGCCUCUUUUUCUAUAUAUAUCUCAAGUCAUUGAUUGUGGGGAGGAAAAAAGUGGAAGAAAAAAAAAGUGAAACAUAUUUGAUUGAUUUCUUUUAGGUUUAUUGGAUGCACAAGACUUGAUCCUCGUAUAAAACCCCUCCCCUGACCCAAAUAAGAAGAAUAAAAUCAUUUGGUAUAAGACAUAACAGAUUAUAAUUAUUUCUUAUCUUUUUAAGAAUUUCCGAAAUAUUUCAAUGUCACAAAAUUGUUGUGAAGAUUUAGAAUAUAUUGCCAUUUUGAGUUUGGAAACUAAAUCACAGAACAAGGUGUUCUUGUGUGUGAUUUUGGUAAUUGUCCACAAAAUUGUAGCUAUUGGAUAACUAUAGAUUUAUUUGGUACAUUUAAUUUUUGUAUUGGAGGAAAUCAUCCAUAUGUGCUACAAUGCUGCUGAAGUACCUGCUUUAUUUUCUUUUGUAUUAUUUUUUCUUCAUGUGUUUCGAGUGACUUUAAAUGUUAUAAUGGAAUAGGUCAGAGUUGCAUGUACUGAUGGUUUACAAAAUGAAAUUGAUGCUUUUGUGAAAAUUUAUACUAGCUGAAAUUGUAAGGUAUUGUAAGUGACUGAAUGCAUGUGUAAAAAGCUCUGUUGAGUAUAGCAUACCUGAAAGGAGAAUGAAAAACACAACAAAUAGGCCUUUGUUACUGGAGCAUUAUAAACAGAGUCUUCAAAAGCUGUCAGUAAAAGUUAUUUGACUUAUUUGAUCAAAAAUGUAUUUACCACACUGUAUAUUUAUCUCAUAAAAACUAGUAUCCCCAUUAGUAUAUAGUAGUUGCUGUCUGUACAUGCUUAACAUUACAGUACAGCCAAGCAGUAUUUUCUUUAACAAUGUAUUAUUACUAGCAGUAUUUGUAUAACAAGCUGUUAGAUUUAGUAUGUGUUAAGAAACUUUUAUAUCUUGAGUAUUUAAGCUUUUUCACUUUUACACCACUGAAAUUUCAUUGCAGAAUUUUUGGCAAUGUCUUAUAUUUUUAAGUUUAUAUAGUACUUUAUAGAAAUUAUUAUAAAGGAAAAA